AGAGAAUGCAAGCCUUCUUCUACCGCCUUUACCACGAAAUCAUCCAACAAGGAAUUCAAACCAUCCUCAGCCUAACCAAAUCCUCUAAACAUGAUUCGAAUAAAAACGACGGAGACAACUGCUCUGUUCUUGUGGUGUCCCAGAGUAACGCCUUGAAGCAAUUUAAGCCAGUCUUUGAGAGCCGUAUGGAUCAGUUGCGAUCCUUGGUAACUAGCGAGGAAGUAUUCAUCAUGGAGUUCUUCUGUUUGGAUAACUGCAAGGAUGAAAUGGACACCUUCGCUUGCAUGAAACUCCUUUUCAGUGGCCUUCCCGAUGGCAUGAGUGAACUUAUUCGACUCUGUGAGAACCAGAAUGCCCUCUUCUCCAUGUUUAUUCUCCAAGUUCUCUCGCAAAUCGCUACUGAGAUUAACGAGAAACCGAAAGACUCGAACAAGAGUCUUGCUGGAUCAUUUUGGAGCCAACUGAUUAAACCCUGCAUUGCUGAUACACGAGCGGUUCUACAGAAACACGUCCAAUCGCUGAAUCUACUCUUCCGAGAGAGUAAACCUAGUAGAAAAGCGAGAUGUGGCGUACUCAAUAUGACGAAGGUGUAUGAGAACUUCGCCGAGUCCUCACUCCUGGUUUUUGGUUCUGGCGCUAAGAUUAUGGAACAGGCUCAUAGUGAUCUCAUUUGCUGCCUCAUGAAUGAACUGGAUCGGGUGGCAUCGGAAAGUGUGAAAACGCCACCGGAGCUUCCAUCACUGAACGACACUCGUAAAGAGGCGAAAGCGAGAUAUCAACGAGCCCUACAAGAAUACUCCAUGAACUGCAUGGGUCGACCCUUGGAGGAACUUCACAACUUCUUUGAACAAGUUCAAAGCGCUCUGGAUUCUGGUGUGCGUCCAGAUGCUAUCUGCUACCAAAUGGCAUUUCAAAAGCAUAUGCUACAAAAGAUCAUCAAGGAAUAUCCCGGAAAAGAGGUCAAAAAGGGCUUGGAGGCUCUACGGAGAAAGGUUGAAAAGAACCUCUCUGAUGAAGGCAGCCUUUUCCUUGUUGUAUGGCGAUCAAUUCAAUCGGAGGUUACAAAACAAUGCAUGUUCUAUGAGGAGUUGAUCCGAAAGUGCUAUGCAGAUUCAGGUCUUUCAUUAGAUUUCACGAUUGACGAUCUCCAACGGUACUUUAGUGAAAUCGCGGAUGCUCCCAAGCGCCAUAUGAUGGGCUGA